UCCUCUGUACAGGUCUUUUUGUAAAGUAAGCAAUGGCGUGCACAACUUCAAGAUUAGGACGUGCCUGUUGUCACUUUUUGAGGAGGAAAGACAUCUCAGGCCUUCAGAAACGGCUGUCUUCCUUUUUUCCAAUUAAUGACAACUUGUUUAGUCUGACAGAUGAACAGAAGCAGUUGCGAGAAAGUGUGUUUCAAUUCACACAAAAGGAACUGGCGCCGAAAGCAGCUCAGAUUGACAAAGAAAACAACUUUGCUGACAUGAAGCAAUUUUGGCUUCAGUGUGGUGAACUUGGACUGUUAGGUGCAACUGCGCCAAGUAAGUAUGGUGGGUCAGAGCUGAGCUAUUUGGAUCACCUGCUUAUCAUGGAGGAAAUGUCUCGUGCCUCAGCUGCUGUUGCCUUGAGCUAUGGGGCCCAUUCUAACCUUUGUGUCAACCAAAUUGUGCGCAAUGGGACAGAAGGACAGAAAGAGAAAUACCUGCCUAAGUUGAUAAAAGGAGAGGCAAUUGGUGCUUUGGCUAUGAGUGAAGCAAACAGUGGGUCUGAUGUUGUAUCAAUGCGUCUGAAGGCAGAAAAAAAAGGUGAUUAUUAUGUACUAAAUGGCAAUAAGUUUUGGAUCACAAAUGGUCCUGAUGCUGAUGUGCUGGUUGUGUAUGCCAAGACAGACUUUACUACCUCAAAGCCUCAACAUGGCAUAACAGCAUUCUUGAUUGAAAAGGGAAUGGAAGGAUUUCGUCCUGGACAGAAGCUUGAUAAACUUGGUAUGCGAGGGUCUAACACUUCAGAAUUGAUUUUUGAAGACUGCAAAGUACCAGCUUCUAAUAUGCUGGGUCAGCUGAACAAAGGGGUGUAUGUCCUGUUUAGUGGACUUGACAUUGAACGACUGAUCCUUUCUGGAGGUCCUAUUGGCAUUAUGCAGGCAUGUUGUGAUUUAGCAUUUCAGUAUGCUCAUGUGCGUGAGGCAUUUGGUACCAAAAUUGGUCACUUUCAGAUGAUUCAAGCCAAGAUAGCAGACAUGUACACUGUGCUCAAUGCAAGUCGUUCCUAUGCCUACAAUGCUGCACGAUCCUUAGGCUGUGGCCAGAUUCUUCCAAAUGACUGUGCAGCAGUUAUUUUGUAUACAGCUGAGAAUGCAACCAAGAUGGCUCUAGACACAAUUCAGAUCUUAGGAGGAAAUGGCUAUAUAAAUGACUAUCCAUCAGGAAGACUGCUUAGAGAUGCCAAGUUGUAUGAGAUUGGAGCCGGUACCAGUGAAAUCCGUCGUCUUGUCAUUGCCAGGGCCAUAAAUGCCCACUACAGAUAAAGUAUUUCUCAAGUAACUAAAGUUUCUGUGAUCAUCUGUGAAUGUAUCUGAUAUCUCGCCAACAGAGUAUUUGAGUGAAUAAUAAAUGAUUUAAUCUAAGACUUUCUUAUUCUUAAAAAAGCAUAAUUAUAGAUAUUUUUAUUAUAAUUUUAAGAAAAAAAUUAAUCGUUAAUAAACACAUGACACAAAGGUGUUCCUCAUUUGUUUUGAUUUUCGGAAGCACACAUGUAAUUAUAGAUGCUUGAGUUUAUUUAAUAGUGAAUGUAAUAACUUUUAUAAAUGUGCCUGGAACAUAAAGUAUAGUAAUGAGACAGUUGUCUUACAUCUGAUAACAAAAUAUUAUAUGCAAAAGUUCUGUGAAAUGCCUCUGGCAACAUUACCUGCAGCUGUCACAGCCAAGUUAAUAAUAAAAUAAUGGUUAAUUGGAAAAGUUUGAACAUUUUUUAAUUAUUCAUUGAUAAUGUUCACUGUUACACGUCAGUGUUAAGUUGCAGUUACAAACAUUAUAAAGAAAUACUUGGAGCUACUGCUUGGGUAUCCUUCUAUUGGUACUGGUUAGGUCGAGGUGUUUUAUGAGAAAUAAAUGAGAAAGCUGGAUCUGCAUUUUCAAUUUUAUGUAAAGAAAUUACAAUUUUCUUUAUUAAUACAAUGUCAACACUCUGAAGCACUACUUUCAAAAGUGCUUGUUGUUUUAAAUUCUAUCAUUUAUCUACAGACAUCAUUCCUUGGUGGUUAGUCUUUGCAUUGUAAAUGAUCUUUGAAACUUGUUGAUUGGAAGGUGCAUUGAAACUUCAGCAUCAAGUGGUCCAUCAGAAUUUUUUUUAAAUAAACUGAAGCAUAGUAAAUUUCA